CUUGCGUAUGACCAGGUGAGCAGUCCUAAGGAAAUAAGGCACGGCGAAUGCAGCCUGACAGGUCAGGUAAGAAGCCACUUUAUGAGAUACCUGUGGAAAAGAACACCACCUGAUGGUUUCAUAGCAACGUAUGAGUGGUCACCACAGAUGUAAAAGGUUCAUGAACUACAGAUUUCUCAGAAGACAUCUGUCGCUAGUCCUGGCAGACGCAGGAUUACCUGCAGAGGAUAUAAGGAUCUGUAGUGAGGGGUGGAAAAACCCUACACAGGAUUACUGAUCUGCUAAAACUUCUCAAGACCGUCUGCAGAUUUUGAAACAUGUUUACAUACGUGGGAUCUCUUGGCCCUCGGAUCCUAUUGCUCGCAAAAAUCCGGUUCUUUUUUUAAACAAACGUGUGAAUUAACUUUUUUUUAUUGACAUAUACUGCUGUUCAGAGAUUUUUUACAAAAUGCUGAAAUACACGACUGGAUCGACUGUCACAACUGCACAAACUGGAACAUCCCCGAAAUCAGGAAACGUUUGCAGACUGCGACUUACUUUGCCUGCAGAAGGGGUCUCGAGAGCUGAGCACAGCGAAACCAAGAAUGAAAUAACAUUAACCGCUGAUCUGAAAAAUACAGCUGACAGGAGGAAAAGAAAAAAUGGCUUUGUGUCUGAAAGAAACACUUCAGAGCCACCAACCCUUCAUCUUUACUCGGUACCGAAGAACAACGCUCAGGCAGGAGAACCUUCUCGUGGGGUUGUUUAUGGAGUCGUCCAAAGGGCUGAGAACAAUCAUCAGAAUGAAGUUGUUGUCUAUGAGUGGUCAACAAACCAGCUUAAAGAAGAAAUGAAUUACAUCAAGGAUGUGAGGGUAACAUUGGAAAAAAUAAGAGAGAGAAUGUUCGGUGAAUAUGAUGAAAUGAAAGAGAAAAUUAAACAGCUCACACAAGAAAUGAAAGUGUCAUCUGCACAACAGGAUGUUUUAGAGAAACACUCCCAGGCACAAUCGUCUGCUUUAGACAGCUUUGGAACAAUGAACAGCGACUUGACAGCAGCGUCAAUAGAAGUGCAGAAAACAUUGGUGGACAUGACCCUUGAAAACUGCAACAUUCGGGAUGAAGUUAAGAGCUUAAAACAUUCUUAUGAUGAGUCGUUAAGUAAAUUGAGAGAAAAACAGCAGCUUUUGGAGGCUGCUCAGACCGAAAACCAACUACUUAAAGUUAAGAUAGAAUCCUCUCAGGAAGCAAAUGCUAGUGUCAUGAGAGAGAUGACGCGGAAAUUGUACAGUCAGUACGAAGAGAAAUUACAACAAGAAGAACUGAAAUAUAGUGCAGAAAAAGAAGCUCUUAUUGGACAGACAAAACAAUACUUAAAAGCCAUCGAAGAUGCUAGCGAUAAGGUCCGGAUAGCAGAGGCCAAGAUUGAAGAAAGAGACUUAAAGAUUACAGAGCUGGAUAAAUUAGUCCAACGUAUGGAACAGGAACGGGAGCAGCUGCAAGGACAGUUAACAAGCCAUGAAGAACGAUUACAGAAUCUGGAUAAAAGGAUAACUAUAAAUUCAGCAGAAAGAGAAAGGACCCAACAAUUAGAGGAAGUUGCAGCAAGUUUGCGGGAACGUAUUAAACACCUGGAUGACAUGGUUCACUGCCAACAAAAAAAAGUUAAAAACAUGAUCGAAGAGAUUGAGCUUCUAAGAAAAAAGGUUCACUACAAAGACUUGCUUAUACAACAGCUUUUGGAAAGAAUAGCGUUUCUGGAAGGAGAGAAUACAGAAUUACAGGACAAGAUGGACUACUUGCUGGCCAAUCAACCAAAGAGUAACACAGAAACCAAAGAUGCUGCCAUAUCCUGUGAUCUUACACGCAGGAAAUUCAUCACCAAGUUGCCAGACCAAGGGAAAAAGAUCAUGGCUUUCACCGAAAAAGUGAGACUUGCUAUUGCUGAACAGGAACAAUUAAACAAGAGAAAAGAGCUGUUGUCGGUAUUCAGAUCGGAAUUCCGAGCAAAGCAAAGCGAUGUGACUAGUGAUACGCAAAUGGACGGUUUCCAUGCAAACAAACAGCUGGACAAAAUGGAAGUUAAGGCUGUAUCUGCAAAUUUGCUGCCUGAGGAGCUAAAUGACAACAGUGUGUCUUAUGUGAAUGGCAAAACAAGUCAGGGAAAUGACUCUGGGAUGGUUGAAAUAUUGCCUAAGAGUACGGCUAAUGUUUGUUCAGAUGCUGAUACACUGGUGAAUGACCUAAGAAAGAUUACGCUUAAAGACAGCCAUGAAGAAAUAAGCAGUGACUCUUUGCAAACUUCUGCUGUUCAACCAAAAAAUCCUUUUCUCCCUUCUGGACUAAGGAAGUCUCACUUCAUUGAAGUCAUUGAAAACAGAGCCAUGAGCCCAGUUUGUACAAAAGAUAAAUUCAGAACUAACAAAUUGCCUUCAAGUUCUAAUUGCUCAUCGCAAUGUGAGUCACCAGCAGAAGGCACACCUAAACUCUCAUUAGAAGAAAGAAGAAAGCGGGAUAGGAAACACCUAAAUGACAUCACAGCUGCCACACUUCCACCACUUCAUCAUGCACCAACCCAGUUGCUAACUUUGGAUGAAUCCCUUGCACUUCAAACAGAGCAGAAGAAGAUUUAUGAGGAAAAACAUGCUAAAUUAGCGGCACAAAAGCUAUUUGAGAAAAUCAACAUUAAGAUGGUAACAUUCAAUCCGGAGGGGGACUCUGACACGAAAUACAGGGAUCUAAAAGAAAAUGAAGACUAUGAUGACUAACUAGAAUCAACUUUUCUGAAUAUUGCUAGCUGAUCAUCCUUGGUAUUGUAGUUCCACCUUCUCUACACUAUGCUGUAAUUUCUCUUAAUAGAGAAAUUCUCUUUACUGAUUGAUAGAAAAUGUUGUCAUUUGUAAAGCUGUAUGCACAAAAACAAUAUAAAAAUCAAUUGCAUAAGAAAGUGGAAUACUAUUUAGGCAUUAAGCAUUAUUUAUGUAUUUAUGCACUGUUCUUGUAUAAAAAGGUAAUUGAGCCCUCUAGCUUAAACCUUUGUUAUAUUCUUUCCUCUAAAGGUUUAAUCACCAAAAAUCAAAGAA